AAAGACAUAAAUAACACUAAUUUUUGGGAGGGGGCGUGGCCUGGCAGGUGCUGAAAACUGCGGAAGCGGAAACCGUCCGGUCGUGUCGUCUCCUCGAAGAUUCCUGAAUAUCUGCUCAUGCGUUAGGAUCUGGUUUCUGACAUCCUCAGACAAACCAAUGCAGGCAGGAGGAAGAGGGGAUCAGGAGGAUGAAUGCUAACUAAGCCAGGAGCUGCACAAAUACAACCGAAAGUUAGACUUUUACAACAGAGGAAGAUUUUACUGAAGAUCGCGGUGGUUUGAUUCCCCACCUCUCCUCCAGACAUCAUGACGUCUUCUAUGCUCCGUCGACAGCUGAAGAACCUGGUCCAGAACUACUCUGAGGCCGAGGUCAAGGUGAGAGAGGCGACAUCCAAUGACCCAUGGGGCCCAUCCAGCUCUCAGAUGGCCGACAUUUCCGACCUAACGUACAAUGUUGUGGCCUGUAAUGAGAUCAUGACAAUGCUCUGGAAACGGCUGAAAGACGACAAGAACUGGAGACAUAUCCACAAGUCCCUGACACUCCUGGAGUACCUGCUGAAGACCGGUGAUGAUCGCGUGCUUCUGAAGAUGAAAGACAACAUCUACAUUGUCAAAGCUCUCACAGAGUACCGCUUUGUAGAAAAGGAUGGCAAAGAUCAGGGUGUAAAUGUGAGAGACAAGGCCAAGGUUGUUCUUGUUCUUAUGGAGGACGAUGAGAAACUAAAGGAAGAGAGAGAGUUUGCUGUCAAGACGAGAGAAAAGACAUCAAAAAGUGCAGCUGCGUCAUCUGCAGACAACGUCAAGGAUCCAAACUAUAAGCCGUGUUAUGUACCUGGGGCCUCAGGGCUUCCAUCUUUGGACAACAUACCCUCUGUAGCUGAUUUGACUGCUUCCUUCGCCGCCCGCAAAGAAGAGCGGCUUAAACAGGAAGCUGAGAAGAAAGAAACCGAGAGACGGGCCAAGAUGAGUGAAGAGGAGCUAAAAUGGGAGGAUGCUAAUAAAGGUUCUGAUGUUAAAACUGAUGCUUGGGGAGGAGAGAAAGAAGGGGAAGUAAAAACAGACCCAUGGGGAGCAUCCAAAGAACCUAAAGAGGCCGUAGAUCCAUGGGGCACCCCCUCAAGACCUGACACAACUGAAACAGCAGAUAGCAGUGAUCCCUGGGGGGCUCCAACAAGUACUGAUAAAGAUCCAUUUGCAGCAGAACAAACUAAUGAUGAUCCUUUUGUGGCACCGAAAAAUGGGGAAGAUCCCUUUGCGGCACCGAAAAAUGGGGAAGAUCCUUUUGCGGCACCGAAAAAUGGGGAAGAUCCUUUUGCGGCACCGAAAAAUGGGGAAGAUCCCUUUAGUGCAUCAAAAGAUGACCCUUUCAACACCCCAAAGGACAGUUCAGACCCUUUCAGUGCCCCCAAAGACACAGAGGAUCCAUUUGCUGCUCAGAAAGAUGAACCAGACCCUUUCAGCUCUUCUAACAAUGAUCCGUUUAAUGCUCCAAAGGAUGAUCCUUUCAAAUCUCCAAAAGAUGACCCAUUUAUCACCCCAAAAGACGAUCCCUUUAGUGCCCCUAAAGAAGAUCCUUUCAUUACCCCAAAAGAUGAUCCAUUUAAUGCACCUAAAGACGAUCCAUUUAGCUCUCCAAAAGAUGAUCCCUUCAGUGCAAAAGCAUUAACACCCCCUAAAGAGGACCCAUUUGCAGAACCGUCAUCAGGGAAAGAGGACCCUUUCACUGCUCCCACAACACCACCUAAAGAAGAUCCUUUCUCAGUGCCAACCAAACCUGCUCAAGAUCCCUUUGCUGCACCAACAACACCACCCAAAGAGGAUCUGUUCUCUACACCAUCUUUACAUGCAAAAGAUGACCCCUUCGCUGCCCCAACAUCUCCACCUCAAGAGGAUCCCUUCUCCACAACAUCUAAACCAACCAAGGAAGAUCCCUUUGCUGCACCAACAACACCACCUAAAGAAGACCCAUUCACAGCGCCAUCCAGUCCACCACAGGUAGAUGCCACAGAUCCCUUCGAUGCACCUCUAGUGAGCUCGCCUCAGAGUAGCACAGCUGCAUGGGGAGCCCCAGCCACUUCUCCACCAGCCACCGGGUCAGAUCCCUGGGGGACCACGGCAAGUGCUUCUUCACCUAUCAGUAAUUCUGAUCCAUUUGGAGAUGCAUCCAAAGCAGACAAUGACCCGUGGGGGCCUCCAGCUUUGGCUCCUGCCAGUACAGACGAUGCAUGGGGUGCACCUGCUCCACCUUUAGACUCCUCCCCAUCUAGUGACCCCUUUGGAGAUGGAGCAUCUAAAUCCAAUGACCCCUGGGGUGCAUCAAGCAACACAAGUGGCAACGGCACAGGAAAGCACUCGAAGCAGGAAGACGCGAUGUAUCGAAAGACUGCUUCCUUCUUGGGCUCAGCAGAGGCAACACUGGUUGACUUGGACGAUCUGUUUUCAUCUGACCCCAAACCCAGACAGCGCCCUCUCAUUGACACCCAAACACAAGCCAUCGGUAAGGACAGAAAAAAUGACGCGUCAGUCUGGGUGAAAAGUAACUUUUCUGACAAAUUCAUCAUGUGGAAAUAUUUGUGGUGCGCUUGACUCAAACGGAUGCAUGAACACCCUCAAAGACCUGACAAAUGAAAGUUACUGAGCAUUAGUCACUCCCUGCUGAUGUUAAAAAUGCAUUCCACUUGUGUUCGUCUGAAGUCAUUCAAAGAUAAGAUGAGAGGGGUGAUGGCUAAUAUUUAUCAGUAGGUUUGUAUGGAGAAACUUAUUGUGGUCAUGUGUUUUACCUCCCCUUCCUGCCCCUGUAGCUUCGCUGUAGUGUGUAGAUGUUGUUCUGUACAUUAGUGUGUGUGUGUGAGAGAGCAUUAGUGAAAUUACUCUGCAUAAAGACUAGUGUACAUUAACCAGCAGAUGUAUAACCCUUCUCACCCCUCUCUCUGCUCUGCCUUGGCACAUUUUCUCUUUACUGGAAUUCUUCAAACUGUGUUUAACUCCCUCCAUCCGUCCUUCCCCCUCAACCCUCCAUCCUCCUGCCACUCUCCUUGAUUUCCCAGGCACUUUCAAAACAGCGGGCAUGACAUCCAGCCCUAUGCUAAAACCAGGAGCUUUUGCUGAAACAUCACCCUCAUACUCCAACCCUUUCAUUUCGACCAUAGCUUUCCCCCAUGGUGCACCAACUCCCACUUCUGGAGCUAACAAUCCUUCAGCAUCAUUGAAUACUCUGGAAAUGUCUAAUUCUUCCAUCAGUAUGAUUCAGGCAUCUCAGAUGGGUCCAAAAACACAAACGAUACAUCCCAUUUAUAUCAAUGAGAGUCCACAAUUAGGACACAGCGUGAACUCCCCCGUUGGAGGAGUGGGAAUGGUGCAGUUUGGAUAUCCAGGCUCCAUCUUAAUGGGAACUGGAAUGAUUCACUCAGGUGUCUUUCAAGGAAAUCACCCAUCAGGUGACGGUCAAUUUAGAGGCUCCGUCCCACAGGCCGGCGCUGAAGUCGUCUCAGGCAGCGGGUCAGAUGAGAUGGUGAACAAAAAUAAUCCAUUCCUGUUCUGACAACUUGACAUGUAAUUUGGAUCUCUGGAAUCACCAAAAAGGUAGUUUUGCAUGUUUAGUGCUACAGUUUAGUGUAUGCAUUCCCAUUACACUGCAAAAUUCAGAUAGGAUCAGUUUUAGAGCAAAAUAUCUGAACCUUUCUUUGAAGUGUCUCUUUCCCCCAAACCAAUGCAAAGUUGUUCUGAGUGAUCACCUUAGCCUGUAAUGGAAAUUUCUGUCUUUAUGGUUGUGGAGCCUUGGAGGAAGACAUUGUUCUCCAUAGAUAAGAAGGGGUCACAGAAAGGUAAAACUGAUGUGAAUCAUGUGAUGUGGCCUUUAAAGUGACCUGCUGUGGCAAAUCUAGACCAGCAUGUUUGAGGGUGUUCUCCACCGCCAUUAUCAAAACACCAAAUGAGGCAAUAUCUUUAAAAGACAGGAGUUCAUCCCUCCAGUAAAGUUCCAGAGACGUGAGUCAUUUUUAUACAAAACUAGGCUGAGAAUUAGCACAGAGCACAAGAGCCCACGUCUGACACAUUCUCACUGAAUCAUAUGCUUUUGUUUGGUUUGGACAAGCCAGCUGCCUGAGAAGAGCAGGAGACAGGACGCACAUCUACACUCCCUAGUGAUGAACACACAGGAUGAUUAUCUGUGCAGAGCUCACCACGUGGAAGUUGGCAUUCACAGUUCAAAUAUAUAGUAUACGUGGCAGUUUUUAUGUUUCUAAGCUUGGUUGUCAAAGUGCUGUUGAAUUUAGCCAGAAGGAAAUGACAGUACUUAACAUGUACGAAGCAAUUUAAAUAUUUGACAUGGUAAACUUACAUCUGUGUCUUUCUAGAAAGAAGGAAACAAUCAACAGAAGUGGUGUAUUGAUAAUAGGAAGUGGUGAGUAUAUAUUUAUACAUAUUUAGAAGCAUAAACAUGCAAAACCACCUAAUGAUGCUUUAAUAAAAAACCCUUUCAUUCCUGAGCUUACACUAACCUCCCCUGAACUCAAGAUGCUGCCCAUAAAUCAAAUGUAUACAAACACAAUGUGUACAGCGUAAUAUAUAUAUAAACAAAUACACAGAUUAUUUUAAAAAAAAGCAUUGUAAUUCUUAUUUAAAAAUGAAUUUAUUAGAUUUUUUUUCCUUUCCCUGCACAAGUUUGACAAACAGAGAGCACCUCAGUGUGUCUGUGUGGAAAUCCUAAAGAGUUUUCAGUGUGUUUGAGUGUUGUGACAGGACCUGUAAAUCUUUGACUGGGACAUGCGUCACUGUAGGAUUAAGGGUGCAUGUGUUUGUACAGGCCGUGUGUGUGUGUGUGUGUGUGUGUGUGUGUGUGUGUGUGUGUGUGUGUGUGUGUGUGUCUGUGUGUGUGUGCGUGCGUGAGUAUAAGUAUGUGACCUGUAUGCUCGCCAUGUGUGUGCAGUAUUGUGCUGAUGUAAAUAGUGGAAGUAUUUACAAGUAAACCUGGAAAUAUACUGUACUGUAUAUCAGAGUGUUGCAAUCACAAGUAACUAUUUAUUGAUCUAUUUAUUAAUUAUUAAUUUAUUGCUUGGUUAAUUAUUGACACAGCAAUGAAAUCCAACAAGAUCCAAGGUCAGGUGUAACUUUCAUUUCAGGCAGGCUGGCCUGGUGGUAUUGAUCGUGUGAUGUUAACUGACUUUAAUCUGAUUGGUUGUUUAAAUAUUUCUUCGUGAAUCAGCUCGGUAACCAACGGUGGCUUCAUCUUCCUGUUUAGCUCUGUAGACGUUUUUGAGUCAUUGUGUAAUUGUCUUCUUGGUUUCCCGGCUCUUUCUGAGGAGAAACUGAAAUACCGUUUUGGCGAAAUUAAAAACAGAGUUCAAGAAUAUCAACUUGUUUAAUGUGUAUGCUGUUUGAGCGGAUGUGUAUGUGUACUUGCUCCUCAUUUACUUCAACACAAACAUCUGAAAGGAGACUAAAUGGUUGUAUUUUCUCUUCUUGUUCCAUUUUACUUUGAAAACUUAAAUGGUAGCAGGAUUCACCACCAUCAUUUAUGAGUUUUGAAAACAGUAAAUUAAAGCCACAGUGAAGCAGGCAAACCUGAUGAAGGGAUCACAUGGCUUUGUUGUGUUUCAUGGGCUGUACAAGUCCUUACUGUGUUACUGACUCGGUAAUAUGUGAACGUUGGUGGAAAAACAGACUGGAAUACAGUCUAGCUUCACAUGACUAUUAUUAUUAUUAUUAUUUCUCAGAUUUAAUUUUGUAUGAAAUGAAUUUAUUUUGCUGUGUAUUAAAAUGUAUAGUUGUGUUGUAAACUGUGACAGUACAUUUGAGAAAUAAAAUGAUUCAUG